AAGUCAUGGGAACUUGACUAAAAGCGCAAUUAUGGCCCCCAGUAAGUAGACUCGAUCGAUUUCAUAUUCAAAUCCAGAGAUCGGAGCUCCCCCAAACCAAACAAACAUGAAGAAUUUUCUCUGCGAUUUUCGCUUCCUCCUACUUCUCGCAGCUGCCGCCUUCAUCUAUAUCCAGGUUCGGCUUUUCGCGACGCAAUCACAGUAUGCUGAUCGCCUCGCCGAUGCGAUAGAGUCGGAGAACCAGUGUACAUCUCAGUUGAGAUCACUAAUUGAUCAAAUAAGCUUGCAACAAGGGCAAAUUGAAACCAUGAAAGAACAAAAGGAACAGCUAGAGCAAGAGUGUGGACAACUGAAGGCCCUUGUUCAAGAACUUGAAAGGAAAGGUGUUGAACGGUUGAUUAACAAAGAACAGGUGCCAGUGGCAGCAGUUGUAAUUAUGGCAUGCAAUCGUGCUGACUAUCUGGAAAGGACCAUUAAGUCUGUAUUAAAAUACCAGAAUUCUGUUGCCACGAAGUUUCCUCUAUUUGUCUCCCAGGAUGGAUCUGAUCCGGGUGUCAAAGAUAAGGCUUUGAGCUAUGAACAGCUCACGUAUAUGCAGCAUUUGGAUUAUAAACCAGUUCAACCUGAUAGACCAGGGGAAUUGAUUGCAUACUACAAAAUUGCAAAUCAUUACAAAUGGGCACUGGAUGGAUUGUUCUACAAGCAUAAGUUCAGCCGAGUAAUCAUACUCGAAGAUGAUAUGGAAAUUGCUCCCGAUUUUUUUGAUUACUUUGAGGCUGCCACCGAUCUCCUUGAUAAGGAUAAGUCUAUCAUGGCUGUUUCCUCAUGGAAUGACAAUGGACAAAAGCAGUUUGUGCAUGAUCCAGAAGCACUUUAUAGAUCUGAUUUCUUUCCUGGACUUGGGUGGAUGCUGACUAGAUCUACAUGGGAUGAGCUAUCACCGAAGUGGCCAAAGGCUUACUGGGAUGACUGGUUGAGGUUACAAGAGAAUCACAAAGGUCGACAAUUUCUUCGUCCAGAAGUGUGCAGAACAUAUAACUUUGGGGAACAUGGUUCUAGUCUGGGACAGUAUUUCAAACAAUAUCUUGAGCCAAUCAAGCUGAAUGAUGUCCCUGUUGACUGGAAAUCAAUGGAUUUGAGCUACCUGAUGGAGGACAAGUAUAUAAAGCAUUUUGCUGAGAUUGUGAAAAAGGCUAAACCUGUCCAUGGAGCUGAUCUUGUACUGAAGGCACGCAAUAUGGCUGGUGAUGUUCGUAUACAGUACAAUGACCAGCAAGACUUUGAACGCAUUGCACAUGAGUUUGGAAUUUUUGAAGAGUGGAAGGAUGGUAUACCAAGGACAGCCUACAAAGGAGUAGUUGUUUUCCGACACCAAAACCCACAACGUAUAUUCCUUGUUGGUCCAGGUUCUCUGAAGCAGCUUGGAGUUGAUGAUUCUUGAUGCAAAGAUUUCACAAGGAGAAAAUGUAUUUUCGAAGGUUCAACAUUGAGGUUUAAGCAAUACAUAUGAUCUCGAAGCACAAGGGCAACUCAUACAAAUAGAUGAUUGAUAUUAGGUAAACCUAGAAGAGGCGCUGAGUACAUUUUUCGUGAGUUGAGUUUUGCAGCUGGCGAUAUCUACUGUAGUUUGAGUUCCUGAGGAACUUAAUCGAGAUACCACGUCCAACAAGUAGUAGGCUUCACACACAUGCCGUCUUCAAGGUGGUAGUCUUCAUUUGUGUACAAUGCGUUCUGUUUGAAAGUUCUACAAACUUAUGCCUACUUGUUGAUCUUCACGAACAAGAAAGAAGAUGCUCUGAUUCUUGUUAGUUUUGGAGGAUUGCAUUGUAGUUUUGUUUCCUUCUGAAGAAGCAUGUAGCUCUAAUCUUUGUAUGAUAUCUUGAUAUAUGAUAUAGAUACACAUCAAAAGCGUACAAAAUAUUAGAAUGUGAAAUGAACUUUCUUGUGAUUGAUCUUUCUUGGUUCUUCA